UUCCACUACCAGGGUGGGUAGGGAAGGACCAUUGGGUGGGGGUCAGGCAUGUCUGAGCUCAGACUCUCCUUGGUGGGUCCUGUUGUGGCUGCUGUGAGGGAUGGGGUGAGAUUCCCAGGUCACUGAAGUUGUGUACUUAGGGCAAUUAUGGCUGCCUCUGCUGAGUCAUGCAGGUUGUCAGGGAAGUGGGGGAAAGCCGGCAGUCACAGGCCUCACCCAGCUUUUACACAAACAGAAGGACCAAAUCUCACUCUCACUGUGCCCCCUCACCAGCAGCCCUGAGUUUGUUUCCAGGGGGAGGGCAAGACAGGCUUGAAACUCUGCCCCAGGCUACUCACCUCCCAGCUGCAAACUAAAAGGGCCUUUGGAGUCUGCACAUAGGAUUUGCGUCCUCCCCCACACCGAGUUCUGGCCAGGAGGCUUCUCACCCCAUUCAAAAUUGUCACAGAAUUUAGCUAGAGAAUUCCUUCUCCCUGUGGGGUUUUACCCCCUGCUCCUCAGGCCACCCUCCAGAUGUGUCCCUGUGGUGCCAGGCAGGAAUGGGAUGCUUGGAGACCCAGCAAGCUCCCAGGGCCUUUCUGCUGCUCCCUCUACCCCUGUAUUUCACCCGCCUGUCCAUAUUGAGUCAACUCCAGGUAAAGUCAGAAACUUGCCCCGCAAACAGACCUUCAGCUUCCCCAGUGGAGGUGAGUGUUCAGAAGAGGGUCUGCCUUUCCCACUUCCGCAGUUGGGGCACUCACAGUAUUUGCAGUAUCUCCCGGGUCCUGCAAGAGCAGUCCACUUCCUUCAGAGGGUCUGAGAUUGCUGGUUUGUUCUUGCAGUUGAUCUGGAGCUAAAAUUCACAAUGUGAGCCUCUGCAGCUCUAAUCCAGGCCUGCCUCCCAUCGCCAUGCUGAUCUCUCCCACUCAAUCAGUUUCCUGGGUCUUGAUCUAAAAUGUGCAUCAGGGAAGCUCACUGACUAAGUAAAUAAAGAGAUUCUAUAAAAGAAACUUUAAUGCAUUCAUCAACAUUUCCUGCAAGGUCACAUAUUACAGGUAAACAGUUUAGAUUUUUGUUUGUGAUUCGGAAACCUAGCACGAGUGACUCCAUUUUGAGUUUCUCUGUUGGGUGUAGUGCAGCAACCAAGUCUAAAUCAGUGGCUUUUCAUAAUUUUAUUUAAUAAUGCUAUAUGAUCAAAGCUACAGGUAGGAAAAAUAGUGGUUCUAAAUGUUAUGAAACAAAGAGAAUAUAAACAAAUGGGCUAAGUGUUCAAUCCAGAAAGGCAGGAAGAAGUUAGCAAAAUGCAGAAAGGAGUUGAUACUGAAGUGGAAAAUGAUGAAGUUGAUCACGGUUCUUCUGAAAGAAAGAAAAUACAAUUGACAACUUAUAUCAAAGACUGUUAUUUAUAAAAAUUAGUAAAACAGUUGUUGAUUGGCACAUCUAACCCUGAGAAAAUAUUUACACAUAUUCAAGACAGAAUGAAAAAGGUGAUAAAAACCACAGUGAUACAUAAAAGUAGCAUAUUAAAUUUGAAAAUCAAAAUGACACUUUUGACUUUCUCAAAAUAUAGUAAAUUGUCUUAAGACAUGUGGACAUAUAAGUGUGAAAGAAAUUCCCAAAUAAUUGUAGCCAACAAGGCACUAGAAAUAGAUGGCUUUAGAAGCUACAUACAAGAAAUAGAAUAUUCCUAUACUAUUUAAGCUACUAUAAGAUGACAAGUAUGGGAAACUUCACAUUCUUUCUGUAAGUGAAACCUAGCUGCUGUGGAUAUAGAACUGCCCAAUAAUAUUGAAAUGCUGAAUGUGUCUGGAUACCAAAAGCACAGAAACAAUACAAGAGGAAAUAAUUUUAGACCAGUUACAAGUAAAAUUAAAGAUGUAGAACUCCUAAAUAAAAUGUUAGCAAAUCAAACCCAGGAGUGACUAGAACAUGGAACCAAGUACUGUUUAUUCCUAGAUUAUAGAGAAAUUGAAUACUUAGAAGUUUAUUACUUUUAUUUGCUGUAUUAGGUGAAAAAAUAUCUUGAAGGAUGAUGAAAACUAUUUGAUAAAAUUUAAUAUCCAUUCCUAAUUUAAAAAAUAGAACCCUAAGAAACUAAAAGUAGGUAAAUAUUUUGUGUGCAAAAUAAAGUAUUAAUAGCAAACAUCAUAUUAAUGGUGAAACGUUAGAUCAUAUAUUGUCAGUAGUUCUUGAGCGGACAAAAUAAAUCUUGACAUAUAAAAUAAAGAUAUAUAGUGUAUAAUACAGAUACAUAGUAUAUUUAUGGUAUUCAUAAAAUUUAGAGCAAUUAGGGAAAGAAACCUAAAAGACUCUUGGGGGCACUAAUGACAAACAAUUUGGGAAACACUGCUCUAGAGCAUUCCUUAUUAGUUACAGAUAAGACAGAGAUGCUUGCUAGUACCACUUUUACUCAGCAGUGUUUUGAAAAGGACAGCAAACUCAAUGCCAGUUAAAUAAAUGGCAUAAACCUUGAAGAGUAAGAGCCAUAAUUACAGUACAUGAAGAUAGUAAGAUUUUCUACAUAAGAAACAUUAAAAGAGCAAUUGAAAAAUGAUUUCAGGAGAGAGAUUCAGUAACUUGACUGAUUUCAAGAUAUUGUAUGUUAUGUGAAGUUCCCAAGAACAGAGCUGAAUAAUUUAUUGACAGUCAUAAAAAAUGGUUUGAAUAAGUGAGAGGAUUUAAUGUUGUAGCUAUUUUAAGUAUCCUGAAAUUAUCUUGCAAUUGAUACAUUUCAUACAUUCAUUUAACAAAUGUGUUGAAAACCAGUUGCAUGCCAGAUACUGUUCUGAAUGUUGGGUGUACAUCGGUGUAUGGAACAGGUAAGAACUCCUUUCCUCUAACUUACAUUAUUGUGGUUAGAGCUAGACAGUAAACAGAGAAGUGUAAGUAUGUAAUAUGUGAGGGUGGUGACAGUUCCCAUCAAAAUUCCAGGCAGAUUAUUUUUAGACGCUGACAAAAUAUUUUAAAGCUCAUAUGGAGCAGUAUCUGUGAGAGAAUGAGAGAAGUUCUGAUAGAUUGUCCUAUUCAAUACUGAAAUAUAAUAUAGAAUUCAAAUCACUGGUACAGGUGCAAGAUAGGGCAGUGGGAGAAAAUAUAGAGAGGGUCAGGAAACAUUCAGGAGAAAAGGAGAAUUUUUGUCUAAAAUAAUUAAAAUUGAGAUUUCAGAUUAGUGGAAAAGUGAAUUUAGUGAAUUGUGUGUAUCAGCUGGGUAUUCAGUAAUCCAAAAAAGAUUUCAACUAGCCAAACAACUAAGUCAUAAAAACAGAUAACAUUUAAAGUACCAGAAACAGGACUUUGAAAGCAUGACCCUAGAAGUAGCAGAGAAAAGGUCAAUAUAACAUAAAAAGAUUCAAUAUUUCCCAAGGGCAAAGAGCACCAAAAACGAUGUGAAAAGUCACAUGAUAAACUGAGGAAGAUAUUUACAGUACAUGUAAUGGACAGAGGGUUGAUGUUCUUGCCAGAGAUCUUAAAAUAAAAUAAAAAAAAUAAACUUAAUAAAAAGAUGCAAGGGACAUAAAAUGGAAUUUACACACAGUGCAAGUUGAAAUCUUUUUUUUUUCUUUUUUUUUGGCCUGGCAGAAUGCUACAGAUAAAACAGAUUGCUAAUACUCAAAUGUUGCUUGUGGACUGGAGUGUUCAUGCAGCUUUCUGCAGGCCAGUUUGAGAAUAUUUAUUAGGAUUUUAAAUGUGCCUUCAUUGACCAGCACUUCACCUCCGAAUUUAAUGCAAGAAAAUAAUUGGGUAAAUAGGCAAAACUAUUUUGUACAAAAAUGUUCAUUUUUUCAUAAUAGCAAAAAAUUGGAAAUCAUCUAAAUUGUCAUUUGUGUUAUAACUCUAUACAUUGGAAAACUGAUCAGCCAUGAAAAUGAUGUAAGCAUGUUUCACCAACAUGGAAAGAUGCCUGUUACAUAUUUUAUGUGUGAAGAUGAGGUUGUAAAAUAUGUGCCUAGUAUGCUAUAUUUCAUAAGACAUGUGGCACUGUAUCUUCAUAUAUGCCGAUUGAUGAAGAUGGUAUCAGUGUAUAUACCAAAGAGAUUAAAAGUGGUUAUCUGAGUGAUGAUUUUGUCUUCACAGUGUUUAGAAUACUAAAAAGUUUCUGCAGUGGAAUGCCUACUCUUUUAAAAACCAGAGUUGAAAGAGGGAAGCCUUUUUUGAGAGGGUUGGAGGGAAGGUAAGAAAGGGCGUGGGGAUGCCCUUCUGUGGCCCCAGGCCUAGGGCCGCAGAACCCAGAACAGAACCCGGAACCCGAGUGCCUGCCCUGUUGGGGGCCGUAGGGAGGGCAGCGCAGCGGACCCAAGUGGACCGGAAGGGAGCGUGACGUGUGGCAUCCUCCUCAGAGAGCCCAGCGUUGCCUUCGCCAACAUCAUGAAGUUUCGCGCCAAGAUCAUCGGCAAGGGCUCUCUAGACCUGUUCAUCCAAGUCAGCAGCACCGUGGCGAGGCUGGUGAAGGUCUGCGUGCUCCGCGUGUGCCCUGACAGGAUCUGUUUCGGCUCCGCAGGCUCAGGCGGCCUUCAGGAGGCCAGGCUGUGGUGCGAGGUGCAGCAGCGGGCCUUCCAGCAUUUUCGCAUGGAAGGUGUCUCGGAAGAACUCAAUGAGAUCCAUUUGGAGCUGAUGGCGGAGCACCUGUCCAGGGCAGCGAGAAGCGCGGUGGGCGCGUCCUCACUGAAGCUGCAGCUUACCCACAAGCGCUGCCCCUGCCUCACGGUGGUGGUGGAGCUGGCCUCACCCCUGGGCCGUGUUCGCAGCGUGAUGCACGAUCUGCCCGUGCGGGUGCUUCCCAGAAGAGUGUGGCGAGACUGCCUGCCGCCCAGCCUGAACGCCUCGGAUGUGAGCAUCUACCUGCCGCGCUGGAGGAUGCUGAGGAGCAUCGUGGAGAGGAUGGUGAACGUGGGCGAUCACGUGCUGCUGGAAGCAAACCUCAGUGGCAAGAUGACCCUGAGUAUAGAGACGGAGGUGGUGUCUAUUAAAAGUUAUUUUAAAAAUCUUGGAAACCCUCCAAAGUCGGCUGUUGGUGUGCCUCAAAACAGAGACCUGGAGAGCAUGGUGCAAGUGCGGGUAGAUAAUCGUAAGCUUCUGCAGUUUUUGGAGGGACAGCAAAUAAAUCCUCCGACGGCUUUAUGCAAUAUUUGGGACAAUGCUCUUCUUCACCUUGUUUUGGUUCAAGAAGAUGUCUCUCUUCAGUAUUUCAUUCCUGCCUUGUAAAAAUUCAGCCAGCUUAGAUUUGUUUUUUAAGCUUAAGAACUUUUCAAAACUGAAACAGACCGAGUUAAUUGGUUUGAAAGUUUGUACCUUCUCUGACUUAAUGCUAGGCGUAGAUUUUAUUGAGCCCUUCCUCCUUUGCAAAAUUUAUAUUAAAGCAUUGAUAAA